AGUCUCAGUCUCACCAGUUUCUGGGAUUACAAACUCGAGAUUGCAUCCAGCAAACUUCCAACCUUUGGGCAAUGCAGCAAGUGUUGGAUAACCUUACGGAGCUGCCUUCAUCUACAGGAGCAGAAGAAAUAGACUUAAUUUUCCUCAAGGGAAUUAUGGAGAACCCUAUUGUAAAAUCACUUGCUAAGGCUCAUGAGAGACUAGAAGAUUCAAAAUUAGAAGCUGUCAGUGAUAAUAACUUGGAAUUAGUCAAUGAAAUUCUUGAAGAUAUCACCCCUCUAAUGAACGUGGAUGAAAAUGUAGCAGAAUUGGUUGGUAUACUCAAGGAGCCUCACUUCCAGUCACUCCUGGAAGCCCAUGAUAUUGUGGCAUCAAAAUGUUAUGAUUCCCCUCCAUCAAGCCCAGAAAUGAAUAAUUCUAUCAAUAAUCAGUUACUGCCGGUGGAUGCCAUUCGUAUUCUUGGUAUUCACAAAAGAGCUGGGGAACCGCUGGGUGUGACAUUUAGGGUUGAAAACAAUGAUCUGGUGAUUGCACGAAUCCUUCAUGGAGGAAUGAUAGAUCGACAGGGUCUGCUACAUGUGGGAGAUAUCAUCAAAGAAGUCAAUGGUCAUGAGGUUGGAAACAACCCAAAGGAGUUACAAGAAUUACUGAAAAAUAUUAGUGGGAGCGUCACCCUAAAAAUUUUACCCAGCUAUAGAGACACCAUUACCCCUCAACAGAGUUGCAUCAAUAUGGAGAGGCAUCCAGCACACGUCCGUCAGGUAUUUGUGAAAUGUCAUUUUGAUUAUAAUCCAUACAAUGAUAACCUGAUACCCUGCAAAGAAGCAGGCUUGAAGUUUUCAAAAGGAGAAAUUCUUCAGAUUGUAAACAGAGAAGAUCCAAACUGGUGGCAGGCUAGCCAUGUCAAAGAGGGUGGAAGCGCUGGCCUCAUUCCAAGUCAGUUCCUGGAAGAGAAGAGAAAGGCAUUUGUUAGAAGAGACUGGGACAAUUCAGGACCUUUCUGUGGCACUAUAAGUAGCAAAAAAAAGAAAAAGAUGAUGUAUCUCACAACCAGAAAUGCAGAAUUUGAUCGACAUGAAAUCCAGAUAUAUGAGGAGGUAGCCAAAAUGCCUCCCUUCCAGAGAAAGACAUUAGUGUUAAUAGGAGCUCAAGGAGUGGGCCGAAGAAGCUUGAAAAACAGAUUCAUAGUACUGAAUCCUACUAGAUUUGGAACCACAGUACCAUUUACUUCACGGAAACCAAGGGAAGAUGAAAAAGAUGGUCAGGCAUAUAAAUUUGUGUCACGCUCAGAGAUGGAAGCAGAUAUUAAAGCUGGAAAAUAUUUGGAACAUGGAGAAUAUGAAGGAAAUCUGUAUGGAACCAAGAUUGAUUCUAUCCUUGAAGUUGUCCAAACUGGACGAACUUGCAUUUUGGAUGUCAACCCACAGGCCCUGAAAGUGCUGAGGACAUCUGAGUUCAUGCCCUAUGUUGUAUUUAUUGCUGCUCCCGAGCUGGAGACGUUACGUGCCAUGCACAAGGCUGUGGUAGAUGCUGGUAUCACUACCAAGCUUUUGACAGACUCUGAUUUGAAGAAAACAGUGGAUGAAAGCGCACGGAUUCAAAGAGCAUACAACCACUAUUUUGAUUUGAUCAUCGUAAACAACAAUCUAGAUAAAGCCUUUGAGAAACUACAAACUGCCAUUGAGAAACUGAGAAUGGAACCACAGUGGGUCCCAAUCAGCUGGGUUUACUGAUGAUUCAAUAAGGUUCACGAUUAAAAUAAAACUUUUCAAAAGUAACUGCAACACAAAGCCUUCUACUGAGAAAAUACAUGUACAGAUAGAAGAUAAUCUGCCAAGUCUAGGCAUUUUUAUUGUGUAGAACGAAAUGCCAGUAUACUAUUCUGAAUUUUUAUAUACAAUGUGGUUGGGAAGGUGUACUAAUAUAUAAUUUAUCUUAAUUUUUCUAACUUUUUAAUGGAUAAUCUUUCUAUUCACAUCACAGAGAAAUGCGUUGAAGCAUUUUGUAUAUGUUUUGAGUUAGUACCCUUGCCUUUUUCAUCAGAAGAAUUUUCAAACCAUUCACUCUAGCAUAGGUCUCACAUUUUCACUGUGAUAAUGAAUACUUGAAAUAGUUUUGUAAAGCUGUCAUUCAGCAUUUAACUAGUGAAGGACCGGUUAUUCUCAUUAAGAGAAAAUAGUAGUUAUUGGCCUUCUUUCCUAAUACAAUUUAUUACAGAAGCAAAAUUUUGAUGUUAGCAAUAUAGCUAGUCUACUACCACCCAAAUCUGGCAUUCAGAGUCUGCUCCAUGCUUCCUAGUUCCUGAUUUCAGAGGGGUAUGGCUAUCCAUGGUAACUUUUACAGAUAGGUUUUUCCCUUCAUUUCUAUCUCUAGUGAAAAAAUAAAGUGCAUUUCCUUGCACUCUCAUUUUCUGAAGUUACGAGCUGAUGCUAAGUUAACGUAUACACAGAAAGCAAGAGCAUGCAGGCUGUGAGAGUGCCUUAUCCUAUGAAACCUUAUGGCAAAAUUGAUUUAUUGUCACAUGUAAAGUUUAUCUGACAAAAAUGAACAUAGUACUUCAGAUACUUUUUAUUAGGAUAUGGUCAGCAAAUGUAUCAUGCCUUUGCAAAUUUCUUGGUAUGCUUAAGAAUGCCUCAAAAUUUGCAGUUGGAGGGUUUAUGAGCAAUGUGCUUUUUGAACUAUGAUGUGAUCUUAAGGUAUUUGUUCAACUUCUGUUGAGAACCAAAUCCACUGAACAAUUACAAAAUUUGGACGUUAUUAUCAACUAUUUUAUAUACAGGUUAUAUAUACAUUAUAUAAUAUGUACAUUGUAUAU